AUGGUAGAACUUACCGAAGAAACAGAACAAACAGUUCAGGAACUGACACCCCAGCCGGUAGUACAGCAAAUGGAUAAUAAUGCAGAGAGUCCAACCAGUAACAAGGAAGUUAAAUCGUGUGCGUUCAAAGUUGAAAAGCCGAAAUUACCGAAGUUCAGUGGAGAUGUAAGAGACUACGUAAUAUUUCGGGCAGAUUUCAAGCAUGUUGUUGAAUCACAGUACAGCGACAGAGAUGCAAUAACAAUACUACGGGCAAGUCUUCAAGGAAAACCACUAGAACUGAUUAAGGGUAUAGGAUGUGAUUACAAAGCAGCAUGGGAGUAUCUCGACUCAAUUUAUGGAGAUCCACAAUUCAUAGCAGACACAAUUACGCAAGACAUAUCCAAGUUCAAAGCACUUCAGGAUGGCGAAGACGCUCGGUUUUGUGAACUGGUCCACCUAGUUAACAGAAGUUACAACACACUUAAAGAAGUCGGUCGGCCCAACGAUAUGAACAAUAAUCAUAUGUUAGGUUUAAUCGAGCAAAACAUGUCAAGUGAUGAUCGCAAGGUUUGGGCACGAGAUCUCGAGAGAGAGAAAAAGGAAGCCACACUGGAAAACAUUAUGAAGUGGAUGACAACAGAAAUGAAGUCCCGCAUGAGAGCAUCAGCCCCUCUGCGAAACCAAGGUAGAACAAGAUGGAACGUCAACCAUGUCGGGCAUGAAGAACACGAAAGGCACAAGUGUUGGUUGUGCAAGACCUCAACGCACUGGGUCGAUCAAUGUUCGAAGCUAGAAGGUAUGAGUCCAGAGAACCGAAUGAAGCUGAUAAGAGAAAAUCGUGCUUGCUUCUCAUGUUUGAAGAAAACCAGCAAGAAUCAUAAAGCAGCUACAUGCUCACAAAGACGCCAGUGUACAGGCAAAGUAAAUCGUCAACAAUGCAAGUCAUACCACCACCCCCUGCUGCAUGAAUCCAGUCCACCCAGUCAAGUUGGAGUUGCUUCAGUCAACAACGGCAAAGAAAGUAUGCUCCCAGUUAUUCAAGCGGAAGUUCUCGGUCAAGAAGGAAAGCGAAGGAAAGCUAACAUCUUAUUGGACUCUGGCGCACAAGUAAGCCUGAUUCGAAACUCGGUUGCCAAAGAUUUAAGGUUGAAAGGAAAGGAUGGGGAUGUAACCAUCACUAAAGUCGGAGGUGAAGAAGAGGAGAUCCAUACGAAGUUAUACAAAGUUAGUUUACUGUCACUCGAGAACAAUAGUGUUCAUCAUAUUACUGCUAUAGGAAUACCGUCCAUUAGUGACAAUGUCGCCCCAGUUGAGGUUGGUAAAGUCAGUGAGAAACUGGGUCUCGAAGGAAGAAAGAUUGUUCGAGGAAACGGUCCAAUAGACAUACUUAUUGGAAUUAAUCAUGCCAAGAUGCAUACCGGUGAGACAAAGGAAGCUGAAAAUCUAGUCGCUCGUCGGUCACCCCUCGGUUGGGUCGUGUUCGGUGCAACAAGUGGAUAUCAAAGAAGAGUUAACAAAGUGUUGCACGUUCAGCUGACAAAUCCAGUAGACAUGACAGACUUCUGGACAACGGAAGCAAUGGGUGUUACUACGAAGUCGUGUAAGUGCAAUCCCGAAAAGCUUAGUCCAAUCGAACUACGCGAAAAGAAGAUCAUUGAGGAUUCGUGUGAAAGAGUUGGAAAUCAGUGGAUGGUUUCAUAUCCGUGGAAAAAGGACAAAAACUUGCUACCAGACAACCGAAGCCAGGCACUCAAGAAACUAGAAGCCACCGAACGCUGCCUUACAAAAGAUCCCGCCAGCGCCAAAGAGUAUAACAAGCAGAUAACCGAAAUGAUAGCCCGCGUGCAGGCCCAAGUGAACUGAUAGUGGGCCUGCAAGCAAGGCCCGGUAUUUUGUACUUUCCGCGUUCACCCACGAACGCAGCAUUCUGAUUGGCUGUUUGCUGUUGGAUUCUAUAAUUAGGUCAUAUUAGGUCGAUUCUAUAAUUAAGGCUCUCGAUAAGUUCAAAAUUCGAAAAUUGAUCACUUUUUUCGAUUAUAAAUGGAACAAGAACAGACUGUUUAUUGUUUACUUGAAGCAUGGAUAAUAAAAUAAAUGGAUAGGAAACUAGCUGACGUGACCUAAUGUUUUUACUGGGAUUGAUGGCGUAGUUGGAUGCCUCAAUCUAGUUGAAAAUCAAAUUCUCAAAAACGGCAUGUUUAGCAAUAAUACAGCUAAACAUUUUAGUCAAAGAGCAAAUAAAUGUAACCACGCCAUUCUACGAUGAAAACUCUAAGUAUUCCCAGUCAAUUUUAGCAAAUAUUUCAAGCACUAAACAGUGAAAAAUACAUCACAAAUUUCAUUAAAAUUUGUGAUGCCAAUUUCGUAGCUACAAAUGUGAAAAAAUACAAAACAAAGACGAAAAACAUUUACCUUGAAUACUUUGUCGUGGCUUAGGCAUGUUUUUAAAACAAUUAGACCAGUUUAUGCUUCAAUAUCACUCUUUUAAAGUGGAAAAUAUAGCAAAACAACAAAAAUGCAGAGAACUUCGGUAACAUUCGGUAACAUUUAAUGCGAGUUUGUUUAUUAAUAUUUGGGUGCUGUCAUUGGUUCUUUUUUGACAAUUGACGCGCGAAUGGGGCGUGUUAUGAAAAGGGGCGUUUUACAAAAUACCGGGCCUUGCGUGCAGGCCCACUAUCAGUUCCCUUGGGCCUGCACGCGGGCUACCGAAAUGACUGAGUUGAAUUUGCUAGAAAGUAUCGAAGGAAGAAAUAACAAUCAUAUAGGUUUAGGUUUCGGGUUUCAAGGUUGGACACACUUUAAGUGUAGCGCAAAAAAACAUAAAACAUAUUAAUUCUUAAAGCUCUCAAUCGCCACUUUUAUACAGUUGCUCUUGUAAAAACAUUGUGAUCUAUCUGGACUACUUUAUUCUUGGUAUAUCUUGGUAAUCGUGUUAUUAUUUAGUGAUUAUCUUUGACCACGUAUAUUACUGUCUGGCUUCAGUAUUGCUGUCUGAAAUCUUGUAUACAACACCAAAUAUAACGCUGCUGAACGGAUAUAAAGCUUCAGUUGAAGUCUACUGGUGGAACAUUCGUACAAAUUUCUUACCGGCAUAUAUAUUCUUGGUUAGUCUUAAACUAUCGACUCACUAAAUAUUUUUACCGUUGGCCUGGACAACUUUGUUAUUCGUCGCUUAGUAACAGCACUUUAAAUUUUCCCGUGUUUAUUAAAAAGCUCAAAUAUAUACAACUGACAUCCUGUAAUCCGCAAUCCUACUGUUAAACACUCUCCUUUGCACUAUCCGUGAACUACCGUCAACCACAGAACAUCGUGGUUAGGAAACUUCUUAAAUUUAUUGCUUGGCACCCUUGCUAUUUUGAACAUAACGCAACUUGACCCUUCCUUGACCUUUGUCUGGCGUAUAGUUUAUAAUGGCAUUUGCUGUAUUGAUCCUCACUUAUUGGUUAUUGCUGCCUCGUAGAGGCAGCAUACUAAUUCUGUCGGUCCCAGGCUUUCCGCAAGUUAUGUGGAGGAGACAGGGAGAAAAAAUCGAGAUUUUAGAACAAUGGAUUGAUGACGUUUUGUGGCGUAUGAUUCGUUUCAGUGCAUAACUUCCGGUUUCUUCCCGAAUCAGUCUCGUGGUGUGGUUGGCAAGUUUAAUACAACAUUUUUUCAAAAAAUAUCGAAUACUCUUUCCGUUUUGGGUUGUCGUUUCAAAGUAAGUUAUCCUGAAAUGUUAUAUGUUUAUAUUUAUCUUGAAUUGCUAUAGGUUUUACAGUAAUAUACAUCGACUGUAUUUACAUACGAGUUUACAUAUACAACAUUUCUGUCUACAGUAUUAAAUAUGAAGCAGUUAAUAUAUACAUCGACUGUACUACGUUUACAACAUUUUUAUAUUUUGGUGUGUGUUCGCGGGGAUAUUUUGGUCAAAUCAAAUCAAAGGGGACCGUUCAUUUUAUAUGUUUCAAAAGCAGUGAAGUGUGAGCUCGCUACUUGCUACUGCGAAGUGUGAUCUCGCUAUAAUAUUUAUACUAGCAAAGUGUGAACUCGCUAUAUUUUUAUAUUUUAUACUAGCGAAGUGUGAUCUCGCUAGCUGGGCAAUCGUUGGCAAUAAUAAAGUUGUUUCGUGUUGUCAAAAGAUCAAGUCAUCAAGGUAUUGUAUAUCAAAAGUUACAAAUAUAUAUAGGUUGUGUGUCAAUAAGAAAAUUGCCAUUACAGUAAAAUGAUUAUGAUAUACAGUAAAGCCCCGCAUAAAAGUUCUGUGAAUUUUGACUUGAAACUUCACACAAUACUUUUUUAUAUUCUACAUAUUAAAUAGGAACUGUUGUUGCAUAAAAGUAUUGCUAUGACACUAAUAUGGUUGUUGUGACAUAUAUCCAAACUUAAAAAGUUUUUAAAAACUUGUAUUUUGGGUGCUUAAUUGCCAAAAUUUCAGACUAUAGUGGUUCUUAACCUACUGGUGGGGCUUUACUGUAUAUCAAAUAACUUAUGCAUAAUGAAGUCUCAAGGCUUGAUGCCUGCGAGAAAUACUGGUCUUAAUAGUCAUGACCUGGGACAAUUUCGAUAGUGGCCAUUUGCAAUUGAUUUAUUUUCCUGGUGCGAUGACUACUAUUAAAUCGAGCAGCAGUAUGAUGCCCACAUUGGAACACACAAUUGUAUACAAUAAUGCUCACAAUUUCUUCCUUAUUAUAUAUAUAGUCAUUACAAAUAAUGGUCAUCUGAAGCGGAUGUAUUAAACAAAAAUGUCAACAAAAUAGAUUUUGUCUCCCGAUUGGCAGAUUCAUUGUUCAGUUGUUCUACAGUAGGGAUAGCCUUGAAGGUGCCAUUAAAAUGAUACAGUAGUUGGGACAAAACUGACUUCAAAGGGCCUGUUCAUAUGGGCAAAAGUUAUCUCGGUUUAAGGCCCUGUUCACAUGAUCCCGGGAUAAACAACUGCCCCGCGACAAGUCAUUGACCCGGGGUACUGAUAUCUUCUGUUCACAUGAACAAAGCUAGCGCGGGUCAUGCCUAUAAAUACAUUACGCGGGAAUCAUUAAUUAUUCCCGCCAACAGGAAACGGUGAAAUAUUGCUAAAUAAAAAACGUUCUGAUAAAUGCAAGUCGUUAUUUUUUGUUAUGAUAUUUACAAAUAGAAUGUACUAGUUGAUUAUCAGCCAUAAUAAAAUGUGCUCAAUUCAUUGUUUCUGGUUGACCAGAUCAAAUUCUUUGAGUAACAUACUACAUGAUAUUAGCGACAAUUUUAUUUCAAUAUUUUUAGAAUCAUCACUUAUAGAUUUCUAAUGAUAUUGUCAAUCAUAUAACAAGUUUUUGUGGAGUCCAACGUGCUCUAAAUGUAAUUUUAGCCGAGAUUUUGAUCGUUUCACCAAAAUUCAAUUAUCCCGGGACAGUGUUCACAGGAGGAAAAGUUGUCCCAGCAAGGCGAGUGUCCCUGUCUACAGAAGUGAGGCACUCGGGUCAAUUCUUGUCCCAGGACAAGUAAAAUAUCAUGCGAACAGCACUAUUGUUUCAUAGAAGACAAUUUUUGUCCCGCGACAAUUGCUUGCCCCAAGACAUAACGCUGUCCUGGAUUCAUGUGAACAGGGCCUAAGGAGAAAACUUUUCGACUAGCCAAAUACUUUUGUUCUGUUCACAUGGAGAAACUUUACCUCGCUUACCGGGUAAAGUUUCCGGCUGUGACGUAGUGCUGAACAUGAAUUGAAUUGAAAAGUUGCUGACACAACAGAAAGUUAUCCCGCUAAGCGGGAAAGUUGUGUUCAUAUGGGAAAAACAUUAUCCCGGUCACCGAGAUCUCGGUACACGGAAAAAGUUGUUGUCUCAUAUGAACGCAAUGUAACUUUUCAUAUUAUUUUCAUACCAAGGUGAGAUCUCGCUUGUAAACUUGUUGAAAAGUUUUCUCGCUAACACGGAUAACUUUUGCCCAUAUGAACAGGUCCUUACUGGUAGUAUUUUAUGUAUGAAAUUUUAAUUAAAUUCUACAUAUCCAAUGAUUCAUUCAAGUAUUAUUGUUUGUUAUACAUGUUAUUGUACAGUAUUCAGUGGCAAGCUAGCCAUGACAACUGGUCAUGCUAAAAUUGCCAAUAAACCUGCAUCUAUCUGAAUAAUGCAAAUCAUUAAAAAUGUGCAUAGCAUGACCUGUAGACUUUCACAAAGUCCUUCCUUUUUUUAGAACGAAGGAAUUUUGAAGGAAGUAAUUUCUUGAAGAGUAAGGAAUUUGUGGAAGUCAAUAGGAUUUAAUAGCAUCAUAGAAAUUAUAAAUAACACUAGAGGAGGCAUCGCAAUCUUGACAUUAGGCAAAAAAUGAAUCCUGUUAUUGGGGGCAAAUUCCUGCAUGUGUAUUUGUGUUCCCAUUGGCGAGAGCAUGAUUUUAUAUCCAGGACCUACAUUUGCCCCCCCCCCCCCAAUAGACGGGUUCCCAAAUUUUUAACCUCAAUGCCUCUUCUAGUGUUAUUUAUAAUCUUUAUGAUUAGAAUAUCUAGCUGACCUUCGACUUUGUGCAAGCUGUUUUCGUAUUCAAAUUGCCCUUUUCCUACCUCCUGGUGUCUUAAGGGUGCCUUACGUGCUUGUGUGAUGGAAGACGGGUUGAGGCAGCAUUUUCCUUGCGAUAGUAACUUCUAGUAUUAAAUAUAUACCUCUACCUAUCUAGCUUAAGCAGAGACGCAUCCCAUGCCACACCAGAAUCUCUUGACUAUAGAACUUUGUAUGCAUCUCAAUUAAUGUCGAAUCCUAGCAUGAAAGAGUACUCUCAUCUCCAUAAUCCCCGUCGCCCUACAGGACAUAAGCCGCUGUCGUCAAAUUUGAAACUAAUCCGUGGACUUCACAUCGCAAUGAAUUUCUCUAUUUCUUUGACAUUUAUAUCUCUAUCAAAUGACGUCUCCACUAACCCUGGUCCCGUCCGCAACUUCUCAAUACCAAAACUUAUUAACUUAACGUACGUGGAUUAAAGAUCUCCCACCUAAACACAAGAAGCAUACUGCCAAAAAUAGACUCUCUCCGAUUACUAGUGAAAGAUAAUCCAUUUGAAGUCUUCUCAAUCUCUGAAACAUGGCUUAAAUCAAGUAUCUCAGACUCCGAAGUAGCUAUACCUGGCUAUUCAAUUGUCAGAAUGGACCGUCAUGGAAAAAUCGGUGGUGGCACUGCUAUAUACAUUCGUGAUGGUUUACCUUUUAAAACCCAAUCGGACCUAAUGAAUAAUACCUUGGAAAACAGUAUGGUUGAAAUUUUACGACCUAAGGCUAAAAAACUGUUUAUGUGUUGCGCUUGCAGAGCCCCAAACAACCCUGUUGAAAACUGCAUCAUCGAAUUGGAAAACGUCAUCCACAAACUUCCAAACAACAGCGAGUUUAUCUUGCUGGGUGACUUUAACAUUGACCUUAGCAAGAACAAUCGAUCUCCUUUCAAACGAUUACUGAAUAAUCUCUCUUGCCAGCUCCACCUGGACCAACUAAUCACAGAACCCACAAGAAUCACAGAAACAUCACAAACCACAAUUGACUUGAUUUUCGUUAACAAUACUCAGAGAAUUGUCAGAAUUGCUGUGAUUCCUUGUGCGUUGAGUGACCACUCUCUCGUGUUUUGCAUCUUUAAAGCUGGUGUUCCUAAAGCCCCGCCGCGUAUAUUUAAGUGAAUACCGCUCUUACAAAUGCUACAAUAAAGAGUCUUUCCUGCAAGAUCUUAGAAAUAACAAUUGGUCUGCUGCAGUAGAUGAUAACGAUAUUAAUGCUGCCGUUGACAACUGGUGCAAAUGUUUUACUGACAUAGCUGAUCUGCACGCGCCGAUCAAGAAAAUUCAAAAACAAACUGGUCUGCAUACCGCUGCUUCGUAAACAAAAAAGUGUGUGAAUGUAAGUCCCAAUACUACGAAAACCUGAUAAAAGCAAAUAAAAACAAUCUUUCUGGUCUAUGGAAAACUUUGAAUGAGUUGACAUCCCGCAACAUAAAAUCCUCAGCUCCAAGUUCAAUUAUAACAGACGGUGUAGAACACAAAAUCCAUGUGAUCUCUAUUCAAUAAAUUUUUUACCAGUAUUGGAAUAACUUUGGCAAAUGCGAUCAAACAAAAAUGUACGCAAUCCCGGUCUCCUGGAAAUCCACCACCAGGAGUCAAUUCAACCUUCAAAUUCCAAGAGAUUCAAAUUACGUCUGUUCUCAAGAAUUUAUCAAAACUAAAUCCACCGGUCUUGAUCGUAUCACCGCUCAACUAUUAAAAGAUGCUGCUGUAGUCAUCGCCCCAUCGCUAACCCAAAUAUUUAACCGAUCGCUAAGCUCCUCUACUUUCCCCCAAAUCUGGAAAAACGGUACAGUCACACCUAUCUUUAAAUCUGGGGAGCGCUCGAACAUGUCAAAUUACAGACCUAUUACAGUAUUGCCAACCCUAAGUAAGAUUUUGGAAUGUUUUGUUCACACACAAAUCUACAACUACCUAACCGAAAACAAAAUCCUAACUUCUAAUCAAUUUGGUUUUAGACCUAAACUAUCAACCAGCACUGCUUUGGCUUUCUUUACCGACAACAUUCUUGAAAACGCUGAUAACGGUCUGAUUACUGCCUCUGUUUUCUUGGACUUUAGUAAAGCAUUUGACACUGUUGACCAUGCUAUUCUGUUGUGUAAAUUAAAAUCCGUUGGCCUGGAUGACAAUUCCCGAAAUUGGUUCGAUUCCUACCUUUCCUCUCGUCAACAAGUAACAUCCAUCGACAAUACGCUGUCCAGCUCUCUACCUGUGUCAGUCGGCGGUUCCACAAGGAAGCAUUUUAGGGCCACUUCUCUUCAUUAUUUAUAUCAACGAUAUGCCCAACAUUGUUAA